AUGUUUUUCAAACCCCUCGCAGUCGCUUUUGCCAUAGGCAGUGUAUCUGCACAACGCCCAAGCAAUACCUCCAUCUGCGAUUUCUAUACAACCGCCUUGUUGAAGAACAAUACUGCCGCAAACCAAAGGACUCUUCUCACUCUUCUAGUCAACACUGCUGUGAUUGGAAACUGUAUGGUCCCCUUCACAUCCCAUUAAGCUCCAUCGCUUACACACUACAGACACACAACCCAACGUCGGUGUUUCCGUUCCAGGUAUCCUCGCAGCUGGAACCUACAACGGCACUGCAGUCAACCUAUUACCCUAUUUCAACGGUGGUCUCGCCUCGACAAAUAGAGGCGGAAAUGUAGGUCAAGCCGUCAAUUUUCUUGACGGUGGUGGAGCUGCACCUCUGAGGUCGAACAUGCCAGCAAACGAUCAAAGUUCAAAUCAAUAGUCAGUUGUACCGUUCAGUACACUUCUCAUGACUUUGAGCUAACACACUUAUUUCUUAGUACCCUUCUCACUCACUUAUACGAAUACUUUGGUUCUCUCCUUGGCUGUACCCAGAUGAACACUACUGCAUUCCCAUCAUACAACGGCGCAGCUUCACAAUACAAUGUCCACAAGUACGCGCCCAUAAUCACCCCUCUAUCCCACUCCUCAUACUGACAAAUGCUAGAUUCAUGGAUCUCUCACCCUACGAAGUAGGCUACUUCAUCCAACAAGUCGCCCUCUCCGCAUCCUCCUUCGGCGUAGCCCAAUCCGACAUCGCUGCUGCAGGCACAGCCCUCAACUCCCUCUUCAACGUCCGUUGUGCGCCCUCUACAGUCGUCGUUCCAUCCCAACCAGCCGAACUCCAAAGCAUCUGCCUUGAAAACUCCUGUCCUCUCGCACCCAACAAUACCUGUUCAGCUUAUGCCGCGUCAGUCCAGCCAGGUGUUGCAAAUGCCACCUUGGCUGGAAAUGCGACGAGUACCACACCAGGAGGCUCAACACAGACGACUGCCACUAGUGGCGUUGGUCGCGUGGUCGCGGAAUUAGGUGGUGCCGUCGUUUCCUCUGUGCUUUUGGCGGGAGUUUUUGUUUUCUUGUUGUAA